AUCCUCUGGUAGAAUUUUGUUUACCUCAGCUAUGUCAAUGUUAGUUUCCGGUUGAAUAGUGUUGCUUAGAAACAAAGAUUGUGAAUCUCUAGCAGUAUUUAAUUGAGUUUCUCUAUUUUGGUAUUGUUCUUGUGUCAGCUGAAGUUCAAAGAAAAUGCCUCCAAAAAAGAAGAAGAGUGGUAAGAAGAAGGGUGGAAAGAAAUCUGGAAAGAAAGCGAAAACCCCAACAGUUAUAGAUGGCGUACCUACAGAAGAAAUGUCUAAAGAACAGCUGGAAGAGCAUAUUGCUCGAUUACGUGAAGAAUUGGAGCGUGAAAGAGAGGAGAGAAAUUAUUUCCAAUUGGAAAGAGAUAAAGUUAAUACUUUCUGGGAGAUUACAAAGCGUCAGUUGGAAGAAAAGAAAGCUGAACUUCGUAAUAAAGACAGAGAAAUGGAAGAUGCAGAGGAAAGACAUCAAAUUGAAAUCAAGGUCUACAAGCAGAAAGUGAAACAUCUGCUGUAUGAACACCAGAACAAUGUGUCCGAAUUAAAGGCUGAAAGUGGUGUAUCACUUAAACUAGCACAGGAUGAACAUGAGGGUAAUGAAACUGAUUUAAGAAAAGACAAGCGGGCCCUUAAAGUUCAUCUUAAAGAGCAAGAAUUGGCUCAUGAAGAUGUCAUCAAAAAUUUGAAACGGUCUAAUGAUGAAGAAGUCACAAAAUUGAGAACAGAUUUUGAACGACAGGCUCGAGAAAUUGAAGCUAAAUAUGAAAAGAAAAUGAGGACAUUAAGAGAUGAAUUAGAUCUAAGGAGAAAAACAGAAAUUCAUGAAAUUGAGGAACGUAAAAAUGGACAAAUUAACACCUUAAUGAAAAAUCAUGAGAAAGCGUUCAGUGACAUUAAAAAUUAUUAUAAUGACAUUACAUUGAAUAACCUGGCAUUGAUAAAUACACUGAAGGAACAAGUAGAGGAUAUGAAGAAAAAAGAAGAAAGGAUGGAAAAACAAAUGGCAGAAGUUAUAACAGAGAACAAGAGAUUAACAGAACCAUUACAAAAAGCUAGAGAAGAGGUGGAUGACCUCAGGAAACAAUUAGCUAAUUAUGAAAAAGAUAAAGAAACUUUAAGGAUGACAAAAGCUAGAUUAAAGGUAACAGAGGAAGAAUUCCGAGCUUUGAAGUGGGAACAUGAAGUGCUUGAACAAAGAUUCCAGAAGACUCAAGCUGAAAGGGAUGACUUGUACAGGAAAUUUGUCAAAGCCAUUCAUGAAGUACAGCAAAAGAGUAACUUCAAAAAUCUCUUGUUGGAGAAGAAGUUGUCUGCCUUGGCUGAUACAUUAGAAAAGAAAGAAGCUCAACUCAAUGAAGUAUUAUCUGCCUCUAACCUUGAUCCUACAGCUUUAACGGUAGUCACACGCAAACUAGAGGAUGUCCUUGAUUCCAAAAAUAGUGCCAUUAAAGAUCUACAGUAUGAAUUGGCUAGAGUUUGUAAGGCACACAAUGAUUUACUAAGGACAUACGAGAGUAAAUUAAAUCAGUUUGGUAUACCAACAGAAGAAUUAGGAUUUAGACCUUUAGAAAGUACAGUUGGGGGUCAAGCUUUAGGUCAAGGUCCGGCAGGUCUUGUGUCAGCUCCAUCCUAGUUUAUCAAUGACUAGCUCUGUUUUUUAAAAGUGUUCACUAAGAGAAGAUAUUGUUGGCCAGAAUGAAGUAAAAUUUUACUUGACAAUAUUAAUUUAAGAAACUAUUCUAUAACUUAUUCACUUCUCUGAUGUCAAAAUAUUUAAGAUUUAUAUUUGAAAGAAAUGUUUCUGUACCUAAUCCCCAUAUCUCAUGGAUUGUCAUUUUUAUAUUCCAACAUUUCAUGCAAGAGUAUACUGUCAUUUUUAAAUGCUCUGAGGUUAGUUUCUGAGAUUUUUUGUCAAAACUUGCUGGGAUUGUCCAAUAUUCGUAGAUUUCCUGUUCCUAGAACCACUUUUUAAACAUUGGGCUUCAUCAACUACUCCCAAGGAGAAACCCUAGCAAAAUUCAGUCACAUGAGAUCUGUCAUCUUAUAAAAUGCUCUAUGUUAAGAUGAAUGAGAUAGUUCUGCUAAUCAUAAAGAAUAACUCUAAUGAAUUUCAGACCCAUCCAUUAAAUGGCCCUUAGCCCUGAAAUUAAAUCUUUUAAAAUGCUGCUGGUGGCCAUAUAUUCUUUGUCUGGCACAUUUUAACAGAGCUAGUCACUGUUAUCAAAUAUUUGUACAUUCAUCAUAAUGAAUCCAAUUUUUCACAUUGUCAUGAAGUGUUUUAUUUUAAAUACAUUUACUGCAUGUCAUAAAGUGUUUUAUUUUAAAUACAUUUACUGCAGGUAUUCCUUGAUAUUGUUUUUAGAAAAUCCAGAUAUUUAAUAUGUACAUAGACCUGUAUUGAAAUGGCUCUUAGAAUAUUUUAAAGAAUAUUAUAAAUUUUACCGUCCAAAUGUUUAAGAAUUGUAAAAAAGUAAAAACAAAAUAAGAAUUUAAAUCUAAAAGUCUAAUCAAUGGUGUAGAUUUUAUGUGGACAUUCAUAUUUAUUAUGUAUCUACUACUUAUUUAUCUGUGAUAUAAUAAAUUAUAAUCUGAA